GGACGGAGUCACUGCCGCCGGAUAGUCCCCCUCAGCUGGGAGGGGCAGCAGAGCUGGGUCCUCUGAGAAGUUGCUUUACUUGGGGAAACGAUCGAGCACGUUAGGUUUAUAACAGUUCUUUUUCAAGGUGUUGUACUCAGAGAGGAUGUUGGGUGUGGCUGGAAUGCCUGGCAGCAUUGCCAAUGCCCUGGCCAGUGCAGCCUGCGAGCGAUGCAAGAGCGGCUUCGCUCCGACUGAGAAGAUUGUCAACAGUAAUGGAGAGCUUUACCAUGAACAGUGCUUCGUGUGUGCCCAGUGUUUCCAGCAGUUUCCAGAGGGGCUGUUCUACGAGUUUGAGGGGAGGAAAUAUUGUGAACACGACUUCCAGAUGCUCUUUGCUCCCUGUUGUCACCAGUGCGGAGAGUUCAUCAUUGGUCGUGUCAUCAAGGCCAUGAACUAUAGUUGGCACCCUGACUGCUUCUGCUGUGACAUUUGCCAGGCUGUGCUUGCAGAUGUGGGCUUUGUCAAGAAUGCUGGCAGGCACCUGUGCCGGCCGUGCCAUAACCGCGAGAAAGCCAGAGGCCUGGGCAAGUACAUCUGCCAGAAGUGCCAUGCCAUCAUCGAAGAGCAGCCACUGAUCUUUCAGAACGACCCCUAUCACCCGGACCACUUCAACUGCACCAACUGCGGGAGGGAGCUGACAGCAGAUGCCAGAGAGCUGAAAGGAGAGCUCUACUGUUUGCCCUGCCACGAUAAGAUGGGUGUACCCAUCUGCGGUGCCUGCAGGAGACCUAUCGAGGGGCGUGUUGUCAAUGCCAUGGGCAAGCAGUGGCAUGUGGAGCAUUUUGUGUGUGCCAAGUGUGAAAAGCCUUUCCUCGGUCAUCGCCAUUAUGAGAGAAAAGGACUGGCAUACUGCGAGACUCAUUAUAACCAGCUCUUCGGUGAUGUGUGUUAUCACUGCAACCGUGUGAUUGAAGGCGAUGUUGUGUCCGCUCUCAACAAGGCCUGGUGUGUCAGCUGUUUCUCAUGCUCCACCUGCAACACCAAACUCACUCUCAAGAACAAGUUUGUUGAGUUUGAUAUGAAGCCUGUUUGUAAAAAGUGCUAUGAGAAGUUUCCUCUGGAGCUCAAGAAAAGGCUCAAGAAGCUGGCAGAGUCCAAGUGAGCUGCUUCAGGCCAAACAACCUGGAAGUUUUUGUCUGUGAUGUCUGUGGUGGUAAAAUAUCCAGGGGAACUACUGCUUAACAACACAAGAGCCUGGCAUUUAAUCGGUACAUAAAUAUUAAAAACUUUAAUCUGGGAUCCAUUUAAAAAUAAAUGUUUACCAUUGUGGUCGUUUCAUAAAUGUGCUUCAUUUAUGUGCUUCAUUUAUGUGCUUUUUAGCUUCUUCUUUUUUUUAAAAAAAAUGCAACUGCUAUUUUUUUAAAAAUACAUUCCUAAAUUAGCCAAAGUGAUCAUUUUCUUGUAAGCGAGAAAAAUACAAGGAACAAAAUUUGAUCUUCUGUACACCUGUGCCUUUAAUAUCUGAACAUGUAAUAUGACUAUAAUGUGCAGUUAUGCCUUCCUAUAUCUGUUUUAAAGAGUGUGAGUCACUAGAAGGGGACCACUGUGUUCCUCAGAGUAUUGUAACAGUGCCUCUUUUUUGGGGGGGGGAAAAAAAUCUUAAAUGAGCUGUUAUUUUUGGGAGCUAGAAGCAAUUUUCAUCAUUAUGUGUUAAUGAAACUACAUUGGGACAAACAGCUGUAUGGUUUCUUGCACCACCGCUGUACCAGCCCGGCAGGCUAUUCAGAGAAUUAUUACAUGACUAAAACUGGGCCUUUGGGAGAAAUGGGAACAGCAGAGGGUGCUGCUACUACAGAAUCCGAGCCUUAUCUUUCAAGUGUUGUCAGCAUGCUCUGUAUGCCUUCAUUGUGUGUGGCUGUGCAAGGUUGUUCGUACGGUAAAUGUUCAUCGGAUAUAUUUUUUUUAGACAAAUUAACAUUUUGCGUCUUCCUCUGGAAAAACUUGUCAAAGGAUUUCAGAUGAAAUGACCCUUCAGCUGAAUAUUUAACCUGCUUUGUUUAAAAUAUUGCUGUAUCAGCAUUUUGCUGGCACCAGCAAAUCUGUUUAGAAAAAUUAAGUGCCACACAACAAACUGCAUUUGUUCGAAUGAUGAAAUACUUCGGAAAAAAAAAAAAGUUUACAGUUCACGGAAGCAUAUAUUCAGUGUUUACCAUCAGGAUGAAUGAUCAAUAAAGUAUUUCUGAAUACAU